GCCGGCGGCGUUCGUGGCGCUUAUGGCGCAGUUGUGACGGCUGCGCGCGGCGCUGGCGGGCGUCCGGGGACCGCCGGGCCGGCCGGCAUUUCGGCCGGGGACCUGCGCCGGUGCGGACCUCAUCGCUCCGCGCUCUACAGACGUGUGCCGGUCACUUCUCCAAUGGUGUGAGGUAGGAUAAAUAUGCUUCGAGCUUACGUGCUUCUAUACGCCGAGCCCAUGGAACUGGAACUUUCAUCUCCCGCUUAGGCAAGACAUACGGUGAAUCUCUUCAGGACUUGACGCACAACGCUUGAUACUGUUGGCUGACUGGUCGUCUGUCUCCAUGAAAGGACCUAUCCGAGUGUGGCCGCGUCGAUAAGAGAUGCUGGGGAAGCCUGAUUAUUCUACUGUUUCACGAGAGAUGUCGCUGGGCGCGCUGGUUCUUCCUGUAGACAUGGAGUUCUACAGUCUGAGCUCCUCACCUGUGUUGUCCUCGUCGCCGCGGCUGGGCGCCGACUUCCUCUCGUCCUCGCCGCUGCUGGGACCCGACUUCCUCUCAGAGCUGCAGCGGGGCGCCGGCAGGUCACCGUGGUCCGAGCCGCGACCGCGCCUCCUCAACCGCAUCAACUGCCAGCGGCGCUCGCCGGCGCCGCCCUCAGAUGACGAGGAGGAGGAUGAAGAGGACGAUGAGGAGGAAAAUGAGGAGGACUCGGCGGACCGGCCGCGAUCGAUCCUCAUUAUCCGCAGCGACUCGACUGAGGAGAGCAGGAGAGAGGAUAAGAAGAGGGUCGUGUUUGCUGAUGAUCGAGGACAGCCACUUGUUCAGAUCCGCCGGAUGCGGGAGCCGUCGCACAUGCCGCCGCGCUGGACGUCCCGCUUCCUCCGACACGUCACAGGAGUCGAGGCGGCCUCGUCAGCCCCGCAGGAGCCCCGGUUCCGACUCGACUUUCCGCAGCCGGCGGCCGAUUACAGCCGCUUCUGCGAGCGUCUGGACGCCAACAGCGUGGCACUGGAGCACGCCGUCUACAAGGAGGCAGAGGACCGGCUCACCGGCACCAUCAAAGUGAAGAACCUCCACUUCGAGAAGGUGGUAUUCGUCCGCGUGUCUGAGAACAACUGGCGCACGAGUCGAGACGUGGCAGCCACGUACGUGGCGGCGGCCAGCGGCGGCGCGGCCGGAGCCACCCUCUACGACCGGUUCAAGUUCGAGCUGCCGCUCACGUCGACUACGUCACGUCUCGAUUUUUGCGUGUGCUUCCGCUGUCCUCUGGGCGAGUUCUGGGACAACAACAACGGUGCCAACUACGGCGUCAGUCGCCAGAAGUCUGCGCAGGCGCAGCAGCACGGUCCGCGGGACAUCUACCCGCCCAGGUGGACAACUGGUCCUGCUUCUCCAGCUGGGGGGACGAGUUCGGAGGCGGGCCCUACUGGUGACGCGCUGGCCGCAGCUGCAGCGCCCCUGGCGGGCGCAGUGCGAACCAAGGAGGCGGCCCGUCGCCGGCGCCUCUGGCAUGGAGUCUCAGGUCGGCGUGAGGCUGGUGCGACCGGCACCAGCACGCUUCUGUCGGCAGUGAAACGGGCCUCACGUGCGAACUGGACCACCCGGAACAACCCUGUGCCGCUGAGACUGCCGGCGAUCCACAGAAGCCGCAGGGCGGCGAGCAAAAGCUGAUCCACCCUUCACUAGGAAAAAGGGAGGGGCGAAAGGAGGCCCCUGGGAAGGACCACCCCGUGCUACUCCACUGGUGGGAUCGGAGCAUGAAAGGGGAGGUGUGGCGGUGACCAGCCGCUCUUAUAUGAGAGAGACUCGGCCCCAAGUAGUGAGUAGCUGCCCCGGGGAGCGGUGCUGUGAGGUCGCAGUAGACGAGCGCUCGCCAUAGAGCGUGCGCCCUAUGUGGAGCGCCCUAACCGCCGUCCGCCGCCGCGGGCCGGCCUCGGGCGUCCUAAGGGCACGGCGGGCUGGAAAAACACCCGAUCUGAGAGAGCUGUGACUCCUCCAGUAGUGGAACGUGAACGUCCCUCAUGCGUUUUCGGGACAUGAGAGACAGCCCACCUAUAUAUACACACACGCGCGCGUGGGAGCGUUCAAAAGGCGCUUUAUCUUCUGUGCGCGAGCCUGUGAAGCAAAGUGCAAAUCAGAGGCUGGUGAGGCCUUUUAUGCAUCGCUGUGCGAUGCGGCGAUGCAAAGUCACCCUAUAUAUGCAUACUGUGUUCGGAUUCCUAUCCAAUGGUGGCGGCGUCGGGGAGCUGUGACUUGACUCAACUAAGAUGAGAGGCAUGGAUGGUGUGUAGCCGUCCUAAGACGGAGCUGUAACGUCUUGCCAGUGGCAGUGUGUCGAUGGUAUUGUCAUGUUCUGCAGGGAUCGAUCGGCUCUCUGGAUGCUGUGUGGGGAGGAGGCACAAUGUUGGUGGUGUUUCCCAGAGGGAGCUGACUAUGUUUUGUAGAGUUAUGUGUCCACCGGCACAUUAAACACAUGUUUGAUAUCGCGGCGGUAUACGUAAUGUUAUCGAGCCUGACACACAAGCAACUAGGCACUGUUGGACGCUGGUCUGUGUGGGUAUGUGUGCGUGUGUGUGCGUGACGCUGUCGAUGGCCGGAAUAAGUUUGGUGCCACCGACACGUGCAGCGCUGUGACGGUGGCAGGUUGCGCCGCCUGGAGCGACCUGUCUCAUAUGUGCCAUGGGUAGACUGGAGAGCCCGUCAGGGCCUGCCGAAAGACGAUGUUAUAUGAUCAGCGGAGCUGCUGCCACAGUCGCCGCCGAGGUGCAAUAUACACAGACUCCUCUUGUAA